AUGGGAGAUUCUCUGGAGAAGCAGUCCGGGGAGUGCCUUAGGAUGUCCCACUCCCAACCGAUCCAGCAGCCGGGCAGAGAACGUGUCCCAUCUGGGUCGACAAAUUGUCUCAGGGAUGAAGUAAGAAGUCUUACUGCAAGUCCCUGCAAGUGCCCCGAGAGCAGCAAGAGCUUCAGGACCCAGACUGUGCCGGCCAACCACAAGCGGAGACACGCGGGUGGGCGCCAGUACACCUGCAGUGACUGUGGCAGGAGCUUCAGGCAGAAGGUGCACCUCACCAACCACCAGCACAUCCACACGGGCGAACGUCCCUUCACCUGCAGUGACUGUGGCAAGAGCUUCAGCUACAAGGGCUCUCUGAUCACCCACCAGCAAAUCCACACUGGUGAGCACCCCUUCAGCUGCACCAAUUGCGGCAAGAGCUUCUGCGAGAAGUGCUCCGUGGUCAUUCAUCACUGCAUCCACACUGGUGAGUGUCCCUUUGCCUGCACUGAUUGCAGAAAGAAUUUUAGAUUGAAGUUCUUCCCGAUCAAUCACCACCGCAUCCACACUGGUGAGCGCCCCUUCACCUGCACGGAGUGCAACAAGAGCUUCAGGCAGAAGAGCUCUCUGAGCGGACACCAGCGAGUGGCUUUCACCUGCACGGAGUGUGGUGAGAGCUUCAGAUGGAAGGACUCUCUGACUGACCACCAGCGCAUCCACACCUGCCAGCGCCCCUUUGCCUGUGGCCACUGUGAUGGAAGAAAUCCCUGCUCAUCCCUCAGUGCAUCCAUACUAUCAAGAAGCCCUAGAAGUGUGGCAGGUGUGACAAGACCUACAGGCAGAAGCAGAACCUGA